CUAAAUUAAUGAAAUAUUAAAAUAUUUUUCUUUUAUUUAUUUAUUUAUUAUUUCUUUUGAUAGAUUAUGUAAUCGCACGAAAUUCGGAUUGUAACAUGCUCGUGACCAUCCCCAAAUAUUUCUACCAUAUGAAAACCUUGAGAUUUUCCCUAUUUUAUUCUAAACGUGAGAGUUUUUCCUUCAUUGAAAAUUUCAAAUUCCUAAGUAGUAAAAAAAAAAUCUGCUCCACCAAUAAAUUAUUUCAAAUAGAAUAUUGUUCAUCUUAUAAAAGAAAAAGCAAUAGAUCCACUAAUUUUGCGAGAAGGAAUUGAUUAUCAGUUGUGUAUCAUUUUUUAAAUCAUAAUCUUUAGCUGUUAGUAUUUUUUUUCCUUUUGUUCAUUAUUCAGCUAAUGCCAAUAAAGUGUAACCUAAAGUUACAAAACAAAAGGCAAAGUUCAUAAUGCUGGUCAGAAUGGAAUUAUCAUAUAUCUUGGCCGG